UUUUCUGAUUUCACUCCGACAAUGGAUACCGAAUCAAUCAGACUCGAGGUUAAUGUAUCAGCUACGUCUCAAGAUCCGUCGUUAGGGUUAUUAAGCACGGUGAAAAUCACUGUAGAGAGAGGGUACUUCGAGGAGUUUAACAUAGAGAAGAACGACGAUCAUCAUAGCAUCAAGAGUGUCGGAUCUUACCGGGAUUCUCCACCAGGUCCAGACUCAGAAUUCAUUCUGAAUCUCCGAACCUUCGAGCCUAAGGACGUCUAUCGAACCCUCCAUAGCCAACUCCACGAUAAUCUCUUGUCCGAAUACAUAGCUGAUGAGAUUGUAGUCCAAGCCCUACGACAAAGAAGCCAAAGUUCUAACUUGGCACCACAACCUUUAUUCAUGACAGGUACUAUCAAACUGACACAGAAGGUGUACAACGUUGUGCCUUGUUACUCUGCUCCGUCGGCAACAAAUUUGGAGAGUACUUGUGCCAUCUGUUUGGAUGAUCUGGAUCUGUCUAGAACCGAGGUUUACUGCCAGAUGCCUCACUACUCGCAUUGUUAUCAUGAAUAUUGUUUCAAUAAGUGGAGAGAUCGACAUAAUCAGCAAGAUUGCUCAUGCCCUCUCUGUCGCAAACUAGUUGAUGAACGAAUCUAAUUAGGGUUUCAAUGUAUUAUUUUGUGGUCUUAAUGAUUUUUACUAAUUUGUGUUUUUUUUUAUAUGUAAUGAUAUUGAUAAUGUUUUUGUUUGCAACAUGCAAUGUUCGAGAAAUCGCCCUGGGCGGCCGCCUAGGCGGCGCUUAAACGCUAGGCGGCACAUACCCGUCCCGAUUUCACUGUAAACGGUUGUAUUAGGCGGGUGGUUUAGUAUGGCGGGUGGAACGGCGAUUAGGCGGGGUAAAUCGGUUUAGUCCGCUUAGAGUCCCUUUAUUUAACGACACCGUUUUAAGGUUUUUAGUGAAAUAUUUAAGCUGCGUUGUUUUGAGCUAACCUAGAUGGAGAAAAAAAGCCGCACAAAUAUAGAAGCUACUGUUCAUCUUC